AGCCCCGACUCCUGCCUGGGUCCUGGGAGGAGGGGGCUGGCGACCCGGACUCCAUGCUGUAGAAAAAGAGGCUGGAUCGAGUUUUGGGGGGCGUUGUUUGAAAUUAGCCAAGGUCUGGGUGGGCAAGGUCCGGGGCUUGGCCGCAGGGAUGCACUCUGGCCGUGACCCUGCCCCACCCUGGGAUUUCCCGAGUCGCCACCCGGCCCGGGUCCCCGGGCUGAGCAGGAAUUUCCCUUGUGCGGGGAUUCCACGAACGCCACGCUUGGCCACGCAUCGCGUCUCGGAGCGGGGCACCUGGGCCGCCGGGCCUAGAGGAAGAGGGAGGUGGAAGAUUCCCUUGCGUGAGCGCCGUGACGUCAGCGCGUCGCGUCUGGGCUGUUUCCGAGUCCGCCCUCCGGCGCUUAACCCUUGCUAUGCUCGAGCGGGGCUCGGAAGGGUGAGGGCUCGGAAGGGUGAGGGCCCAGCCUUCUUGCGUCGUGCGAACAAGGAGUCUGGAAACUGGGAUUCCCAGGUCCUAGGGGGGAGUAGGUUGAGGGCCCGGACUCCUGGGUCCUGGGGAAGGGGAUGCGAGUCUCCCAGACUCCCGUGAGGUGGGGCUUGGACUUCUGGGUCUGAAGAGGGGGGCGAGGUCUGAACCUUUGGAUUCCUAAUGAGCUAGGGGGCUACUGACUUCGUGGUUCCUCAGGGAGAGGGGCUGGGGACUCGGAUGCCUGGUAUCCCGAGGAAGAAGUAUCAGGGCAGCUUCUAGGGCAGAGAGAUAUUGGGAACCUGGAUGUGCGUCUCUGGGGAGUGAUGCCCGGCGACGCCCCGAAUCCCUCAGGACUGGGAGAUCUGGGGGUGGGGUGAGGUGGGAUUUUUCACGGAAGUGGCAGGCAGAGGGAGGGGGGCUGCAGAGGGCGCCUCCACCUCCUUCCUCAGUUUCCACGACGCUGGUGGAAAGUUGGGUCAGAGGGGGAAGUGCGGAGCAAAAGGAAGGAAACCGCGGAGGCGGCGCCGCACCCGAAAUCUUAGAUUGGCUUUGGAGUUCUCAGGCGGCAUCGGUGUGCCAGUUUUUCCGCGCGGGAGGGCGAAGAGGGCGCUCAGAUUCACUCCCCGGCGCACUUGGGUGACUUAAGGACCCCUGAUAACUUCCCUCCCUCCUCACCCCGCAGUGAGCCGGAAUGAGCGCAGCCACUGCCCAUCACAGACGGUGAAGAAGCUCCUAGAAGAACAAAGGCGCCGCCAGCAGCAGCCUGACGCUGGUGGGCUACCGGGACAGUUCCUGGCUCCCCUGGCCCAGCCGCUGACCCCAUCUGUGAAUGAGGGUGAAGCUGGCCAUACUCACUUCCCAGCACACCAGGAGACUGUGGGUUCUGGACUUGGCAGCCUGGCACCCCCCAUGGGCUUUCCAGACUGGGACCCCAACACGCAUGCUGCCUACACGGACAGGCCCUACUCUUACCCUGCUUCUGCUGCUGAAGGUUUCCUGACUCCUGACUUCUACUCACACUCGGACCCAGGGCGGCCGUGUUCAUUUCCCCUGGGGAUGGAGGACCCCCUGGAUACUCGGCCCUAUGCAGAACCUUCCCUGCCACAGGCAGGAUCUUGGAGAGGUUCUGGACUCCCUUCAGGACCCCCACAGUUGCCUCCUGUGGUCAACGGACCAUCCCUGGACACUGCCCGUGCUCACAUGCUGGCUUUGGGGCCACAAAAGCUGCUGGCCCAGGAUGAGGAGGGAGACACGCUCCUGCACCUGUUUGCGGCUCGAGGGUUGCGCUGGGCCGCGUACGCCGCAGCUGAGAUGCUCCAAGUGUACAGACAUCUGGACAUUCGUGAGCAUAAGGGCAAGACCCCUCUUCUGGUGGCUGCUGCUGCCAACCAGCCCCUGAUUGUGGAGGAUCUACUGAACCUGGGAGCGGAACCCAACACCACUGACCAUCAAGGGCGUUCUGUCUUACACGUGGCUGCUACAUAUGGGCUCCCAAGAGUUCUCUCGGCUGUGAUUAACUCAGGGGUUCGAGUUGACAUCGAAGCCAGAGACUUCGAGGGCCUCACCCCUCUCCACACAGCCAUCCUGGCCCUCAACGUUGCUAUGCACCCACCCGACCUAUAUCCCCCAGUACUGAGUACCCAGGCCCAAGACAGGCUGGCUUGCGUCAAGAUGUUGCUGCACAUGGGUGCUGAUCAUACCAGCCAGGAGAUCAAGAGCAACAAGACAGUUCUGCACUUGGCUGUGCAGGCUGCCAACCCGACCCUGGUUCAGCUGCUGCUGGCGCUGCCACGGGGAGACCUGCGGGCCUUUGUCAACAUGAAGGCCCACGGGAACACAGCCCUCCACAUGGCGGCCGCCCUGCCCCCUGGGCCGGCCCAGGAGGCCAUUGUGCGGCGCCUGCUGGCAGCUGGGGCGGAUCCAACGUUGCGCAACCUGGAGAACGAGCAGCCUGUCCACCUGCUACGGCCCGGGCCGGGCCCCGAGGGGCUCCGGCAGCUACUGAAGAGGAGCCGUGUGGCACCCCCAGGCCUGUCCUCUUAGGACUCAGACCCAGAACCUGGACUGAUUUUCCAGUCCCCACCGUCCUGUGGGACAGCCAGCGUAUGCUAAUGUUGCAAAUCCGUGAUAAUGUAUGUGCAUAAUGUCCUGCCAUCGGGGUCUUACAUUAAAACCCCAAAAUGGCUGUUGGCGGGUAAACAGUCCCCAAUAUUUGGGGUGGUAUGAUACCCUUCCCCCACCCACAAGGAGCCCCCUUGAUGAUUUCUGUGAAAUCGAGGCCCCUUGAUUGUUUCUGUGAAACACACUGGACCCCCAACCCUUUCCCCACCAGGAUCUUUUGGGGUCCAGAUGUAACUCCCCAUAUGGUACUUGGAGUACGCCAAAACAGCUUCCGGUACCAUCCUAGUAGAGCUCCUAAGAUGACCCCUGACCUCCCCAGGAUCCACCCCCUUCAGGUCCUUAACCCUGAGACGUAGGAAGGACUCUCGAUUAGAGUCCCCUGGGUCCUACUGCUUUAAGUCAGAACACAACCAGGCCCCUGACCCAGACCUCAGUAUUUCUAGUGAAUCCCUCCCCUAUCUGAAACUCUUGAUUAAACUC